CAAGGAGAUAGAAGGAAUUAGAUGGGCUAAGAUCUCCUUGAUAUUCAUUUUUAAAUGGUAAGAAGAUUUUAGCUCAUUCAAUCCGCUUUAAUCCCUUUGCUCCAAAAUAAGCACUAGGAGAUCUCAAUUCCACUUCAGCCUAGCCCACAAACCCACACAAUGGCCCAUGAGCGUCAUUCUCGGAGCCUACGGAGUACCAACCACGUCACCGAAACUGUAGACGAGGAGGACAAGGGUCAAGGGAAAGAAAGCCAACCGCCCCAAUCUCGCGUCCCGCCGGCGGCCACCACCACCACCGCCAUGAUCAGCAUCCUCGCGCAGGAGCGCCUCCUCGGGUUCGCCCUGGGCUCCGUCUCUAUGGGAGGUUUCGUCCUCCACCAGCGCCGCGCCAUCUACCGCUCAAUCGCUGAAGCCGAUGGGUCGUCCUACUUCUACCAGCCUGGUGAAAUUGCCGGUCGUAGAAGUUCAACUGAACUGGCUCAUGUAUGGAACAAGGCGGUGGACGAGACUCUUGGGAAACUUGUUGUGUACCUUAGCUCUCGUGGAUGGUGAUCCAAGCACCAUGUCGAACAUGGCAACUGAGGAGGCACGGGUGGAGGAAGACUCUUUUUUGAAGCCACUGAUGUGCUCAUAUUUCUCUGUAUCCGGAUUGAGCAUGUUUUGUUUUAAAAGAAAAGAUGCUCCCAGUGACCGAUUUAUCUCGAACUGAGCUGAUUCUACUGCAUGUUUCCCUUAACUGGUGCAUGUUACUUCGAGGUCAAUGUUCUGGCCCCUGUGAAAGGCAGGAUUCGUCUAACUAUUUUGCAUAUAUCUAUUGAAAAUAAAGCCUUCGUCCAAAAAGAUUGCAAGUA